AUGGACUCUAUCGUAUAUAAUAAAAGCAGGCAAAAAUCAGAAAACAGCAGUCCGGAGCCAACGGUGCAGUCUCUGCAGGGAGGUAGCAUUGAGGUCGGUGACUUUCUGAAUAUAACUCUUAUUCGUGACCAACUACAAUUACUUAUUUCCAAGAAAGCGCUCCUAGUGGAUGCUUUGGAGCAAACGUUAAAGGAAAAUGAAAAAAUGAACGCGUCCGCAACCUUUUAUUUAGCCUUCUUGUACGCGACUUAUGCAGGCCUAACGUUUUUGGUCUCAUUGCUACUUAUACAACUGGGCCCAAGAUUGUGCAGCGCAACUCACACUCGAGAAAUCUAUUUCCUUCUUCUCGUUGCUGGUUUUACCACCUAUUUCUUCCUGCGCAUGCAACACGCAUCUAGAAACAAACAAAUCCAAGUACCAGCCGUGCGCAGACUGGAGAUGUCCAAUCAUUUGGGUUCUAUUAUCCAGCUAAGCCAUAAGUUAAACUUGGCUCUGCAUGAACUGCUGGCAGUACCUGCAAUUCUGUCGUACGUAGAAAACUGCAAAGUGGGCUUAGAUUGUAACAGUGACGCCACUGUCUGGAUAGAAAAAUGCUUGGUUUAUGCCACCAGAGCCCCAGAAUCGGCCAAGUACCUAGACGAAGAUACCUGGAUCGUAAAACCGCUCCUUUUACAACAGGUUAUCAGUCUACAGGAUGACCUACGCGAACAGCUCUCCUGGCUGCUUACACUGGAGCGAGUUAUCGGAGCUCUUCCCAGUGCUCAGGCCUAUGCACAGACCCCAAUGGCAUGUCUGGACCACAUUAUAUGUAACACAUAG